UGAUUACUAGAAAUUUUAGUUUCUUAUUUGCAUAAAAAAUAUGCAAGUAAGUAAAAAUUUACCAAAAAUUAUAGAGGCUCCUACUGAAAAGAGAGAAUCUUUAUUUAUGGAAAAGCUAGAGCAAUGCUGUGUACUUUUCGACUUCUCUAAUCCACUUUUUCAUUUGGAAGCAAUGGAAAUCAAACGGGCAACUCUUCGAGAAAUAUGCGAGUAUAUGAAGAUGGCCAGUACAAUAACUCCAAAUAUAUAUCCGUACAUUGUUAAAAUGUUAGCUUGUAAUCUUUUUCGUUCCUUGACUUCAACAACAUAUUUAAAAAGAGAAACUUUUGAAGCGGAUGAAGACGAGCCUGUUAUGGACGCCGCGUGGCCUCAUAGGAUGCUCGUUUAUGAAUGCUUUAUUUGCUUUCUCACUUCCAACGAAUUUUCUACUGAAAUUGCAAAGGAAUAUAUCAAUAAACCUUUUAUUAUAAAACUGCUAAUGCUUUUUGAUAGUGAAGAUCCACGUGAGCGAGACCAUCUAAAAACUACAGUGCAUCGACUUUACGGGAAAUUUUUAGUCUACCGUUCGUUUAUACGGAAGUGCAUCAAUAAUAUUUUCCAUCAAUUCGUCUACGAAACGGAGCGCCACCACGGCAUUUUCGAGCUGCUCGAGAUAUUAGGAAGUAUCAUAAACGGAUUUGCUUUACCAUUAAAAGAAGAGCAUAAAAUAUUUCUCAUGCGCGUCUUGAUGCCUUUACAUAAAGCAAACAAUAUUAUUUGUUAUCACAAUCAACUUGCUUACUGCGUUGUUCAGUUUUUAGAAAAAGACCCUUCCUUAACGGCAGCUGUAGUAAAAGCAACGCUUCGCUAUUGGCCAAAAGUGAAUAGCACUAAAGAAGUUUUAUUUCUUAACGAAAUUGAAGAGAUUUUAGAGGUCGUUGAAGAAAAUGAAUUCAAAACUGUUAUGCUUCCCAUAUUUGAGCGGCUUGCCACGUGCACAGCAAGUCCACAUUUUCAAGUGGCCGAAAGAGCGCUAAACUUUUGGAAUAACGAAUAUGUUGUGAGUUUAAUUCGUUUGCAUUCUAAAGAACUUCUUCCACUAAUGUUUAAAGCUUUAUAUAAAAGUAAGAACGUUUGCUGGAACGGGAUGAUUCAAGGCAUGAAAUUUAAUGCGAUGAGAAUAUUAAUGCAAAUGGACCAACAAUUGUUCGAAAACUGCGUCAAAAAUUAUAAAGAAAAUAAGUUUCGUGAAAAAAAUAAAAAAAAGUUUAUGGAAGACUCGUGGGCUACACUGAAUGAUUUGGCUUCUGAAAAUCCGCAGUAUACUGUUAUUUUACACCGAAAAAGAAACUUUUCUCCGUAUAGCGCACUUCUUAAGCAGCUUUCUCGCUGUUCUUCUGAAUAUUAUAAAAAUCUCGUUGAAGAAAAAUCUUCUAGCGAAGAGGAAAGCGAAAAUGAAGAGCUUCUCGAAGUUUUGUAUAACAAAAGUGAUCACGACCUUCACAAAGAUGACUGUUAUGAAGGUCUUAACGAUUCUGAAGAGGAAAUUUGUUUUGAACUUGCUAAUAAAUCAACAGUAGAGGAAGCCGCCGACCGCUUUGAAAAACUGACUUUAGACGAAAAAGAAUUGAACUAAAAUAAUUUAAAAAUAAUAAUUUGAUCUAAAAAAAUC